GCGGCGCCAUUUUAAAAUGGCGGCUCUGAAGGUUUCAAUAGAUUUGAGUUCUACAUGGGAAUUGGGGCCUGAGAGUGAUUCAAAAGACCUCAAAGAUAUUUUCUUGAUAAAUAAAAAAACUCCUGAUAAUGAUAAUAAUGAAGAUACAAAAAGUGAUGAUGAGAAGAGUGUGAAAUUAUUCUCCUCCUCCUCCUCUCCUUGUUUUAUAUACAUUGAUGCUAAACGACUAAGUAAUUACACUAUGGUAGGGCUAGAAGUGAUGAGCUCUUCACGUAAUAUUGAGCUCUAUAGUGGACUCAGUGAUACAACCAGUUACAUUAGUACUGGUAGAGGUACUCCUCUUAAAAAAAUCAAAGGAAGUAACAUGUACAGAUGCAUAAUGAGUUUUGAAGGAGAAUCACUGACAGAAUUAUCAUUGAAAUUUGUCUCAGUUAGACAUCAACAGGAAGCACUCAUUACUCGAUUGUGUGUAUCAGUUAAUGAGAUCAGUGAAGAUGAAAGGGGACUAAUGAGUGCAGGUAUUACUAGUACUAGUCAUCAUCACCCAAGGCCAGAUCAACAGAUACAAGAUAUGCAAUACUUAAUGAAAGAAGCUAAAACUACCCUACCAAUACCACAGUUAUUAUCAACACUGCAACGACUUCAAGAAGCCCCUGGUGUGGCUACUAAUACUGAUAUGAAUCAAAUGAUGUCUCUUUUUCGACAAAUACAUCAAGACAAGUCUGCUCCAUUAAAAGAUGCAAGACUAAAAGAGACUAAAAUUAAUGGAUUGGAGGAAGAAGAAAAUAAUAUUGAUGAGAAAGAUAAAGUCAUUAAUGGAGACACAGAGAUAGAGAAAUUAGAGACAAGACUAAAGGAAUAUAUUGACAUUAAGAUGUCAGAACUUGAGAUAAAGUUAACAGAACAUCUGACACAAUUAAUACGCAAAGAAGCAGCACUUAUUAAUAAUAAUACAGAAUAAUAAUGCGUUAUUAAAAUGAUGAAUGUCAUAAUUUUAAAA